CGCGCCGCUGCCGGGCGCCGCUUCCCGCGGAGGAGCGCGCUUCCCGGCCGGCCGGAGGGUGUCCGGCGGCCCGGCAUGGCGGCUGCGAGGCAAGUGCUGUGUGUGUGGGCUUUGCUGGGCGUGGCGCGCGUUCGCUGCGAGCCCAUCCGCUACUCCGUGGCCGAGGAGGGCGAGAGCGGCUCGCCGGUGGGCGACGUGGCGGAGGACGCGGGGCUGGCCCCGGCGCAGCUCUGGGCUCGCCGGGCGCGCAUCGCCUCGCCGGCCGGCCGGCAGCACUUUGGCUUAGAGCGCGGCAGCGGCCGCCUCGUGCUCGCCGAGCGGCUCGAUCGGGAGGAGCUGUGCGGACGCUCCCGCACCUGCACGCUCGCCUUCGAGCUGCUGCUCGCCGACCCGCUGCAGUUCUUUCCCAUUGAGGUGUCCGUGGAGGACGUCAAUGACCACUCGCCGAUCUUCCCGGACGAACGGCUGACCUUUAAGAUCCCAGAACUGACAGAAGCUGGCUCCCGUUUCCCAGUGGAGGCUGCUCAGGACCUGGACAUUGGCAGCAAUGACAUCCAGGCUUACCACAUCGUUCCUGAGAACGAGUUCUUCACUGUCUUCUAUCAGAGAAAAAAUGAGCAUGACAUGCAGGUCCAGCUGGUUUUGCAACAGCCUCUGGACAGAGAGGAGCAGCCAGAGAUGGAUUUCACUCUUGUUGCCACGGAUGGGGGCUCUCCACCCCGGACUGGAACCACCCAAAUCCACAUCAAAGUUCUGGAUGUAAACGACAAUGCUCCCAUUUUCACCCAGGAUUUAUAUACAGGUCACAUUGUGGAAAGUGCCCCUGAGGACUCCUUAGUUCUCCGUGUGAUGGCCACUGAUGCAGAUGUGGGAAUUAAUGGUGACAUUUCCUAUCAGUUCAGCCAAGUGGUGAGCCAGAGCCAGCCAGCAUUUACAAUCAACCCCCAAAAUGGAGAAAUUCGAAUAAAACAGCCUCUCGAUUUUGAGACGCAACAGAAAUAUGAUCUCAGUGUGCGCGCGACGGAUGGUGGAGGUCUCUCAGCACUCUGUAAGGUGUUGGUGGAGGUGGUGGAUGUGAACGACAACGCACCAGAGAUCGUGGUCAGUUCCUUCAGCAGCCCGAUCCCUGAGAAUGCAGCACCCGGGACAGUGGUCGCCCUCUUCUCUGUCACCGACAAGGAUUCCGGUGUGAAUGGGGAGAUCAGCUGUGCCCUGGCAGAACAGCUGUCGUUCUCCCUGCGGCCGGCGUUUAAGAACUACUACGAGCUGGUGACCGUGAGCGCGUUGGACCGGGAGCAAACGGCACGUUACACGGUGGUUGUCACGGCCGCAGAUGCAGGGUCUCCUCGUCUGAGCGGCAGCCACACGUUCACCGUGGACGUCUCGGACGUGAAUGACAACGCGCCCGUGUUCAACCAGACGUCGUACACCAUGUACGUGCACGAGAACAACGUCCCCGCGCUGCUGGUCGGGGCCGUGCAGGCAAGGGACGCGGACGCGGGAGCCAACGGCAAGGUGAGCUAUUCGCUGGUGGCGGCCGAUCCGCCCGAGCGAGAGCCGUGCUCGUGCGUGUCCGUGAACUCCGAGAGCGGAGCCGUGUUCGUGCUGCGGCCGCUGGACUACGAGCAGCUGAGGCAGCUGGAGGUGGUGGUGAGCGCUGCGGACGCGGGGUCCCCUCCCCUGAGCAGCAGCGUCGGCGUCCGCCUGCUGGUGGUGGACGAGAACGACAACGCGCCGCUGGUGCUGCACCCCAGCGCGCAGGACGGCGGCCCUGCUUGGAGCGAGCCGGUGCCCGCGUGGGCCGAAGCGGGGGACCUGGUGAGCAAAGUGGUGGCCGUGGACGCCGACUCGGGGCAGAACUCGUGGCUUUCGUACCGGCUGCUGAGGGCCACGGAGCCGGGGCUGUUUGCCGUGGGCGCCCAAAGCGGGGAGGUGCGGCUGAGGAGGCCGCCGACGGAGAGGGACGCGGCGAAGCAGAAGCUGGUCGUGCUGGUGCGGGACAACGGGCGGCCGCCGCUGUCGGCCACGGCGGCGCUCAGCGUGCUCCUCCUGCACGGCUCCCGGGACGCUGAGCUGCCGCAGCAGAGCCCCGCCGCGCACGACGACGACGGCUCCCUCACCGCCUCCUUGAUCGUCGCCUUGGUCUUGGUCUCGCUCCUGUUCCUGGUGUCGGCGGCGGCCUUUGCGGCGUGCAAGGCGUGCAAGAGCAAGGAGCCGAGUAGCGGGCACGUGCUGUACGGCCCCAGCGGCGUGCCGAGCUGCGUGGCUGACGGGGCCGCUGCCGGCACCCUGCCCCACGCCUAUUGCUACGAGCUCAGCCUCACCACGGGCUCGGGCAGCAGCGAGUUCCAGUUCCUCAAGCCCGUGCUGCCCAGCCUGCCGGCGCAGCGCUGCAGCACGGGGGUGGCCGGCGACGAUGCCGAGCAUUUCCCUGCUGUCCCUGUCCCCGUGGGGGAUGCUGAUGUCGAGAGCCCCGGGAUGCAGGCUGUGGGACAGUUUCACGGCUUACCCCGCUUGGAGGACUGUGUCCAGUUCUGGUGCCUGCUACACAAGAAGGCCAUGGAGCUGUUGGAGCAGCGGGUGCGGGGAUUUGGGUGGGUCGGGCUGGCGGCUGUCGGGGCGGGCGAGGAGGCGGGGAGGUGGCGGGCGCUGCAGCUUCGUUGCGUUGUCCGAGGCGGCGUGCGGGCAGGAGCGCGGGCGCUGGCUGUGGGCGCUGCCCGGGGCGGCGGCGUGUGCGAGCGGGAGGCAGCGGGGGUGCGCGCGUGUGUGCGGGGUGCGUGUGGCGGCGAAAGGGCGCGGGCAGGAGCGCGUCCCGUCCCCGGAGCAGUCCCGGCGCGGGCCGCAGGGUGGUGCUCGUGGCCAAGGCGGCGCCGAGCGGCUGCGGGCGGGGCGGGGAGAGGGAGAGGCCGAGCCGAGCGCAGCGCAGCGCAGCGCAUCCGGGAGGAGGCGGCGGAGAGCGGCGGCGGAGAGCGGCGGCGGAGAGCGGCGGCGGAGAGCGGCGGCGGAGAGCGGCGGCGGAGAGCGGCGGCGGAGAGCGGCGGCGGAGAGCGGCGGCGGAGAGCGGCGGCGAGCGGUUGUCCGUGCUGCCGUGAGGUGCGUGUGAGCCGCCGCCGCGCUGUGACGAUCGCGCUCCGGGCUCCGGGCUCAUCCGCAGUCGGCGAGAGGCGGCGAGAGAGCCGAGCGGGGAGGGAGGCCCACCGUCCGUCCCGCCGCGCUGCUGCCAGGCGCCGCUUCCCGCGGAGGAGCGCGCUUCCCGGCCGGCCGGAGGGUGUCCGGCGGCCCGGCAUGGCGGCUGCGAGGCAAGUGCUGUGUGUGUGGGCUUUGCUGGGCGUGGCGCGCGUUCGCUGCGAGCCCAUCCGCUACUCCGUGGCCGAGGAGGGCGAGAGCGGCUCGCCGGUGGGCGACGUGGCGGAGGACGCGGGGCUGGCCCCGGCGCAGCUCUGGGCUCGCCGGGCGCGCAUCGCCUCGCCGGCCGGCCGGCAGCACUUUGGCUUAGAGCGCGGCAGCGGCCGCCUCGUGCUCGCCGAGCGGCUCGAUCGGGAGGAGCUGUGCGGACGCUCCCGCACCUGCACGCUCGCCUUCGAGCUGCUGCUCGCCGACCCGCUGCAGUUCUUUCCCAUUGAGGUGUCCGUGGAGGACAUCAAUGACCACUCGCCGGUCUUCCCGGACGAACGGCUGACCUUUAAGAUCCCUGAGAGGGGCGACCCAGGCUCCCGUUUCCCUGUGGCAGCAGCUCAGGACCUGGACAUUGGCAGCAAUGACAUCCAGGCUUACAGCAUCGUUCCUGAGAACGAGUUCUUCACUGUCUCCUAUCAGACUCAAAGUGAGAGCGAGAUGCAUGUCGACCUUGUUUUGCAAAAGCCUCUGGACAGAGAGGAGCAGCCAGAGAUGGAUUUCACUCUCGUUGCCACGGAUGGGGGCUCUCCACCGAGAAGUGCAACCACCCAAAUCCACAUCACAGUUCUGGACGUAAAUGACAAUGCUCCCAUCUUCACACAGAAAGUGUUCAGUGGGCAUGUUUUGGAAAAUGCUCCAAAGGGUUUUGUGGUUCUCAGAGUGGUGGCAAAUGAUGCUGAUGAUGGAAUAAAUGGUGACAUUACAUAUCAAUUUACACAACCAGGUGGACAGACGUAUUCAGAUUUUACAGUUGACCCCACGAGUGGUGAAAUUCGAGUCAUGAAAAGUCUGGAUUUUGAGACUGUGCAGAAAUAUGAAUUCAGUUUGAGGGCCGUGGACGGAGGGGGCCUUUCAGCCAUGUGCAAGGUAGUGGUGGAGGUGAUGGAUGUGAACGACAACGCACCAGAGAUCGUGGUCAGUUCCUUCAGCAGCCCGAUCCCGGAGAAUGCAGCACCCGGGACAGUGGUCGCCCUCUUCUCUGUCACCGACAAGGAUUCCGGUGUGAAUGGGGAGAUCAGCUGUGCCCUGGCAGAACAGCUGUCGUUCUCCCUGCGGCCGGCGUUUAAGAACUACUACGAGCUGGUGACCGUGAGCGCGUUGGACCGGGAGCAAACGGCACGUUACACGGUGGUUGUCACGGCCGCAGAUGCAGGGUCUCCUCGUCUGAGCGGCAGCCACACGUUCACCGUGGACGUCUCGGACGUGAAUGACAACGCGCCCGUGUUCAACCAGACGUCGUACACCAUGUACGUGCACGAGAACAACGUCCCCGCGCUGCUGGUCGGGGCCGUGCAGGCAAGGGACGCGGACGCGGGAGCCAACGGCAAGGUGAGCUAUUCGCUGGUGGCGGCCGAUCCGCCCGAGCGAGAGCCGUGCUCGUGCGUGUCCGUGAACUCCGAGAGCGGAGCCGUGUUCGUGCUGCGGCCGCUGGACUACGAGCAGCUGAGGCAGCUGGAGGUGGUGGUGAGCGCUGCGGACGCGGGGUCCCCUCCCCUGAGCAGCAGCGUCGGCGUCCGCCUGCUGGUGGUGGACGAGAACGACAACGCGCCGCUGGUGCUGCACCCCAGCGCGCAGGACGGCGGCCCUGCUUGGAGCGAGCCGGUGCCCGCGUGGGCCGAAGCGGGGGACCUGGUGAGCAAAGUGGUGGCCGUGGACGCCGACUCGGGGCAGAACUCGUGGCUUUCGUACCGGCUGCUGAGGGCCACGGAGCCGGGGCUGUUUGCCGUGGGCGCCCAAAGCGGGGAGGUGCGGCUGAGGAGGCCGCCGACGGAGAGGGACGCGGCGAAGCAGAAGCUGGUCGUGCUGGUGCGGGACAACGGGCGGCCGCCGCUGUCGGCCACGGCGGCGCUCAGCGUGCUCCUCCUGCACGGCUCCCGGGACGCUGAGCUGCCGCAGCAGAGCCCCGCCGCGCACGACGACGACGGCUCCCUCACCGCCUCCUUGAUCGUCGCCUUGGUCUUGGUCUCGCUCCUGUUCCUGGUGUCGGCGGCGGCCUUUGCGGCGUGCAAGGCGUGCAAGAGCAAGGAGCCGAGUAGCGGGCACGUGCUGUACGGCCCCAGCGGCGUGCCGAGCUGCGUGGCUGACGGGGCCGCUGCCGGCACCCUGCCCCACGCCUAUUGCUACGAGCUCAGCCUCACCACGGGCUCGGGCAGCAGCGAGUUCCAGUUCCUCAAGCCCGUGCUGCCCAGCCUGCCGGCGCAGCGCUGCAGCACGGGGGUGGCCGGCGACGAUGCCGAGCAUUUCCCUGCUGUCCCUGUCCCCGUGGGGGAUGCUGAUGUCGAGAGCCCCGGGAUGCAGGCUGUGGGACAGUUUCACGGCUUGUAAUUACCACUGCGUCUGCGCUUCCAGCUGAUUCAUGGCUUGUUUAGUGAGGCUUCUGUGCUUUGAUAGUUAACUCCAUGUCUGCUUGUUUAGAUCUGCAUUUGUAGUUUUCCUCCCAUUCCACAAGAACGUAAGUGUAAUUGGAAGCUGUGGAUAUUAACAGGAAAGUGAGUGUGUGCUUUCUGAGUCUCCCCUAGAUUUCAGUCCCUCAGCCUUCUAGCUCUGGCCACAACAGAAAUUCCCUGUGUUUCAAGAGGUCCCCAGAAAUGUGUGUUUCUGCUGACAGCCCAUCUGCCAGCUGGAUGAGGACAGAGCGUGCAGGAUGUGAGGGCUGGAUUUGGUGCCACCUGUGAAGCGAGCAGAGUUCAUCAGUUGCAUUGGUUGGCUUCCUGUGGCUGAUGAGGGCUUGCAUGCAAGCAUUUCCAGGCACGCCACUGAGUGAGGAGAG